AUGAGUAUUCUAUUUAUCUAUGUUUUAUCUACCUAUCUAUCUAUUAUCUAUAUAUAUGCCUGUUUAAAAGACUCCAUUUUUUUAAACUUUUCUCACACUUGUGUGAUCUUCAAUGCGCAUUUCGAUAUUCCAUCAUUCAUCAACGACGACAAGACGACGAUGGAUGUAAAGAUAAUAAUAAAGCAAGCAAGAGAUGCAAUCGAUAAAAAGGACUAUAAGAAAGCAUUAGAGAUUUGUACAGAUGGAUUAGACUUUCACAAUAUGAACUUUAAUCUUCAUCUCUUUAUAGGUCUUUGUAACUUUAAUCUCAACAAAUUCAAAGACAGUGAAGAUGCUUAUAAAAAUGCUCAAUCUAUUACUCCUUCUUCUCCUUUUCCAUUGAGAGGAUUAAUGGAUUUAUAUCAAAAGAGCGGUGAAGGUGAAAAAUAUAUCAAAGUAAUCAAGGAAUUGAUACCUCACACUACAGAUGCAAUCAAAAAAAGAGAACUUCAAUCUAAAAUGGUUGAUCAUCAUAUUGCUAAUCAACAAUUCAAAGAACCUAUAGAAAUGUUGUUUGAUAUGUUGGCUUCUAUUCAACAACAACAACAACAAUCACUCGAAACUGAUGCAGUCACGACCACCACCACCACCACCUCCUCCUCCUCCUCCUCCUCCUCCUCUAUCAAUAGUGAAAGAUUAAAGAUAUUGAUAAAGUUAGAGUCACUUGUUUAUCAACAAAAACAACAACAAGUAAAGCUUUUAUUCGAGAAUGGAAUGAAGGAAAAGAAUAUUCCAAUUCUUAAUCCAGCCAAGGCAAAAGUCAUCGGUGCACCAACACAUACACCUCAACAAGCUCAAGAUAAAAUAUUAAUUGAAAGAAAUGCCUAUUCAAAGGUUUUAGAUUCUUAUAAUAUUAAAAUUUACAAAGAAAUUAUAGAAUCUGAAGAUUUAUUAUCAUUGAUUGAAAUUAAACAAGUUGAAAAGGUUUACCAAAACUAUAUCGAAUAUUAUAUGCAAAAGAGAUUUUCUGUUGUUGGUGAUUCUUUGGAAGCGGAUCAAAAAAGAGAGGAAUUAAAAAGUAUAAUAUACCAGGAAUGCGUUAAAAUGAAUAGAUUACUUCUCUAUCCAUUCUUUCCACUAGAAACAAUGAUAUUGCUUUUAGAGGAAAACGGCAAAGCAUCCACUGAUACUAGUAUUUUGGGAAUUUCUCAAUUGUUGACUAGAAUGCACCCAGACAGAGGAUUGGGUUGGAUUGGUUUGGGCUACUACCAAGUAUUCCAUCAAUACGAUCAAUCAGAAAAUACUAGAUCCAUGUUGGAAAUGGGUUUGGCGCAGACACCCAAUUCAAUACUUGGAAACGUUGCUCUUGGUAAAAUAUAUCUUGAACAAAAGAAUCACGAUCGUCUCAAAGAUGUUGUCAGAAAGGGAUUAGACUCUUGUUCUGCCAAGGAAAAGGAAAAUGGAAAAUUCUAUGAUCGAUACAACAUUGAUCUUCAUCUCUACCUCGCCGAAUCAUUAUUGAUUACCUAUGAAACGGAAAAUGCUGUAUUGGUUCUUGAACAAGUUCUAAAAAAACAUCCAAACGACACUCAAACACUCUUUACAUUGGCAAAAUUAUAUUUUGAUCAUCAAAAGUUUGAUCAAUCACUUGGACUAUUCCAAAAAAUAAUCGAACUGGAAUCAUCAUCAUCAACAAACAACAAACAGGUUCAAAACCUUUCAAAAUCAAUGGUCAUUUGGAUUAAACUACAACAACAUGACACUGUCAAAAUCGAUCAAGAUACCAAAGACCAAAUUGUCACACUAUUACAAAACGAUGAUGGAUAUCUUAAUCAUUUUUUGUUAGGAUUAUAUUAUCGUUUGGUCGGUGAAAAUGAUCAAGCCGUCCAAGAAAUGUUAAAGAGUGCACAGAAAAAUCCAUCCUAUGCAUUGACCUUUUCGAAUCUAGGUCUAUUGUACAAGGAUAAAAAAGAUAUGGAAAGAUCAAAAAAAUGUUUCCAAAAAGCCCUCUCACUCGAUAUUCUCAACUAUGACGCUGGUAUACAACUAUCAAGUAUUUAUAUUGCAAAUGAACAAUAUACAUUGGCGUCGUCACUCUACCAAGAUAUUACUGCACGUUGCUUGGAGAGUAGAAAACAACUAAAUAUCAACAUUGCAAAAUGUUCGUGGGCAUUUUAUAGACUUGGUCUCUAUCAAAUGGACAUUGGACAGUUGGACAACUCUUGUUCAAACUUUUUGAUGGCACUCAAAGGAAACCCAGAUAAUGAGCAAUAUUGGAGAGGUAUUGGUGAAUGCUAUAGACGUCAAAUCAAGUAUAUUGCAUCACUAAAAGCUCUCAAGAGAGCUGAAGAACUCCUUGUUUCAUCCAAUGCAACGGCUCCAGAUCUCAACUAUCAAAUUGCCUCUCUCAACAUGACACUUGGAGAAUACAAAGAAGCCAUCAUCGAGUUUGAUUUGGUACUUGCCUCUCUACCAAACCAUUUACCUUCUUUCAAAGGAAAGGCUGAUUGUUACUUUCAAUUGGCAACUGACCAUCUCAAAUCCAAUUACCAAAGACUCGCUUAUCUUUAUUUGACAUUGGCAGAGGAAAGUUGUCUUAAAGCCAUCGACUCAAAACAAGGAGACUUUGAGAGUGUUUGGAAAUUGUAUGGUGAUAUAUCAAGUCACUAUCACUAUUUGGCACCUAGCUCAAGAGAGGAUGGAGGUGAUAUAGAUUACAUUGGCAAGUUGGAACAAGCCACAAAGUCUUACCUUAGAUGUAUCGAAAUUCAACCACUCAACUUUAACUCGCUCUAUGAUUUGUCAUUGUCAAAUUAUUAUCAAUACAUUAGACUCUCCAACAAAUACAAUCAAGAACAAAAGGAAAAAGAAAAGGAAAUUCUUUUACAACGAUUAGACACGUUAUUUAAAUCAUCGGUAAAGUGUAUUACCCAAGCAAUUAACCAUUCACCAAGACAAGCAAGAUACUGGAAUUUAUUGGGUGUCAUUCUCAUUGAUAAAUAUCCAAUGCAAAGUCAACAUGCAUUUAUCAGAUCAAUUCAAAUCGAUCCAAGUAAAUCAAACCCCUACAAUAACCUUGCAAUGUUGUAUUUGCAAAAUAACAAGAUUGACCUAUCCAACUCAUCAUUGUUUAUCAGCAAAUCCAAUGAUGCCACUUUUAUUUCUUCAUGGUCCAUUCAAGCUUUGAUUCAUGAACUAAAGAAUGAUUCUAGUCAAUCUUAUUCUGAAUAUUCCCAUAUUGAAAUUGCCUUGGAAUCUGAUCCCUCUGGUGAAGGAUUAUUAAGUAAUGGUAUUCUUUGUUAUUAUAAUGGUAACAUUGAUCGUGCAGAAUUAUCUCUAGAGGUGAUGGGCAAAGAAAAAGAUAAAAAGCUUAAUCUCCAAAGCAAUGAUAUUAUUACUCUUGAUUCAUUGUCAUUGUCGGAUAAUGAAAUCAUUAGCUACAGACAAGGAGGAGCAGAGGAUGACCCCUCAUUAUCAAUAUCUGAACCAAUUAAAAAGUUUAUUUUGAUAAAUAUUGCUAGGGUCCAAUGCAAACUUGAAUCUUACCAGCAAAGUCUAGUAACAUUGGAGCCAUACAUUGGAGCUACAAAGGAGAAAUCUUUGUCUUCAAGUCACAUUUUGGAAAUUGUAGGCUUGGCCAACCAUCAUCUCGGAAACAGUGACAAAGCCAUUGAAUAUCUAAAACAGUCGGUCGCUGCCAUCAAGCCAGACAUUAUCAAUGACGAUGGUGCAUGCAAACUACGUAAAGUUCAAUUAUUAUUGACAAUGGCCACUAUUUGUUUUAAAACAAAUCGUUUAAAACAAUGUGAACAAAUCAUUGAAAAGGUUAUCGAAUCGGAUCCCAAUUUAGAAAAUGCCUAUCAUCUUUUGGCCUCGAUCUAUAUCUUGUCGGAAGAAUACAGAAAAGCAACGGAUACCAUCAAAAGGCUACACAACCAAACUCUUCAUCCAACCCUACAAGGUCUCUUGAUCCUUGCCAGAUGCGCAAUACUCGAACAAAAGUUUGAAAAGGCUAGAACUGUCCUCUUAAAGGCAUGCCAUUGCUUCCCCAACGAAAUCUCAACAUGGACUUGGUUGGCCCAGUUCCUCAACACCUACUCUUCAAAGGAUGUUACAUUAUCAAAUAUUCGUCAAAUAUUGUACCAACAAAUAGAAAUCCAACAACAAUCGCUCGAGAAUAUCAACAAUGGCAAUCUUGUCAAAUACCAAGUCGAACACAUCCAGCUGUUGGAACAACUAUCCAAAACCUUCCUCUUUGAAAUUUCACAACCCUACUCUGAAAAUAUUGACAAUUCCAUCAACACUACCAAGAAGAUCAUUCAUAUCAACCCCAACUACCUCGGUCCUUGGAAACAACUGUCCACAUUGUACUAUAUCCGUGCACUACAUAAAUCUGACCAAGAGUCUUUUGAAAAUGCCCUCAUUUUGAAUCAACUGGUCAGAAAGCUCGCAUCUGAACAGUCCUAUAUCUUUACAGCCGAAGAAAUGUUCCUUUUAGACUUUGGACUCGGUGAUAUCUACAUUUAUAAUUCCAAUCAAGAACUAUUCAACAAUCAUCACUCCAAGUUAAUGUCAACCCAUAAAGAUGACCCCAUACUCACUUCACAAUUGCAACGACAACUUGGUAGAUUCGAUCUAUUGGUUCAAAAAGAUCCUUUAUCAUCAAUUGCAAAUUAUAAGAAAUCUUUACAAUCAAAUCCUCUAAAUCUUAUUUCUUAUCAAGAACUAUCAUACAUUUAUGAAGAAUUAAAAUACUAUGAAGCAUCAUAUCAUUGUUUAAACAGAGCAUUGAGUAUUAUUCAACAACAAAUCAAGGAAUCGAAUAACAACAAAUACAGUAGCCAAGAUAACCAAAACCAAUAUUUAAUUUUGGUUUGCAGAAUCGUUCGAUAUUUGAUAUUGACCAAACAAACAACUGUAGCAUCCAAGACUUUGGAAGAGUAUCUCCAAUCCCAAAAACAUCAACAAAACCAACAACACCCAGUCAUCCUUUUGUUCAAGAGACAAGAAACCAUCAAAACAACUAGAGAAUGA